AUGUUGACUAUCUACACGGCUCUGAUCUUCCUUUCAGUUGCGUUCGCCCAGAGCCCACCUGAAUGGAUACCUGCGUCGCAGAUUUCAGGCGCCGUCCGCUCCCCCUGUCCCGGUCUGAACACGCUCGCAAACCACGGUUUCCUGCCCCGCGACGGAAAGUCCAUCUCGAUUCCUACCCUUGUUACUGCUUGCCAAGAUGGAUUGAACGUUGGAGCUGACUUCUGUACCGUCAUCGGGACGACUUCCCUUCUUUCGAACGGCGCCAUAGCGAAAGGAGGAUUGAUAUUUGACCUGGACGAUUUGAACGAGCACAACUUCCCCAUUGAACACGAUGCUUCAGUCUCUCGCGAGGAUGCGUUCUUCGGCGACAAUCACGACUUCAAUACGACUAUAUUCCAGACACUCAACAACUCCGCUGUCAACGGCUUCUACACCACAGAGACGGCCGGGCUUGUCCGCCAAGCUCGCCUCGAAGACUCCGUCGCUCGUAAUCCUAACAUUACAUGGCUCGCCCAACAUGCACUUAUCGCGUAUGGCGAGGCGGCGUUAUACUUAUCAGUCAUGAGCGCGCCGAUCAUUGCCAUGGCGCCUCAAAGCUUCGUCAACAUGCUGUUCGAACAGGAAAAACUCCCUUUCGAGCUCGGCUGGAAGCCUAGUGUGGUACAAACCAAUUUCGCAACCCUCGCCGCCACUGUCGCACAGAUCCUCGUCUUUGCGGAUGACGAGCAGCUUGAGGUCGCGGAAAUUACCGAAAGUGAGUAUUGA